GAGCGAGGGAGAGAGAGCGAGGGAGAGAGAGCGAGGGAGAGAGAGCGAGGGAGAGAGAGCGAGGGAGAGAGAGCGAGGGAGAGAGAGCGAGGGAGAGAGAGCCUGCCUACUGAAUGGAGGGACUGUCACGCCUGUUUGUUUCCCACAGUCAACAUUACAUCUACAGCUCUAGUGAGGACAGGACCUACCUUACCUGGUUUCCCUACUGAGGGUGAGGACAGGACCUACCUUACCUGGUUUCCCUACUGAGGGUGAGGACAGGACCUACCUUACCUGGUUUCCCUACUGAGGGAUGAUUGACACCCUAUAUGAUUGGAUCUGGUGGGACCGCUUCUGGCUGCCAGUCAACCUGACCUGGGCGGACCUAGAGGACCGAGAUGGGCGUGUCUACGCUAAAGCCUCUGACCUCUAUGUGACGUUGCCUUACGCCAUAGGCUUCCUACUGGUCAGAUACCUGUUCGAAAGGUUGAUAGCCACGCCUCUAGCAGCCUCAGUGGGGAUCCGGGAGAAGGCCAGACUGAGAGUACCAGACAACCCCAUCCUCGAACUCUACUAUCUCUCUCACUCCAGAAACCCUGGCCAGGCAGUUAUAGAUGGUCUGUCUAAGAAGAGCGGCUGGUGCGUUAGGCAGGUGGAGCGCUGGUUCAGAAAGAGAAGAAACCAGGAUCGUCCCGGAGUACUGAAGAAGUUCAGAGAGGCUAGUUGGAGGUUUGUGUUCUAUCUGUUGGCGUUAAUUGGAGGAGUUGUGUCCCUGUAUGAUAAAGAAUGGUUCUAUGAUACGUGGGAAGUGUGGAAUGGAUUUCCAAAACAGACUAUGCUGGAUUCUCAGUACUGGUACUACAUCCUGGAGAUGAGCUUCUAUGGUUCGCUUCUCUUCAGAGUCACUUUUGAUGUCAAGAGGAAGGACUUUAAGGAACAGAUCAUCCACCAUUUGGCCACCCUGACACUGCUGUCCUUCUCUUGGUGUGUCAACUACAUCCGGAUAGGAACCCUGGUGAUGCUCAUCCACGAUGCCUCCGACGUCCUGCUAGAGUCUGCCAAGUUGUUUAACUAUGCCAAAUGGGAGAGAACCUGCAACAGUCUCUUUGUGGUGUUUGCCAUUGUGUUCAUGGUAACCCGACUGAUCAUCUUCCCAUUCUGGCUGAUCCACUGUACGUGGGUGUACCCCACACUCCAGUACCCCCCGUUCUUUGGUUACUACUUCUUCAACGUCAUGCUGGUGGUCCUCCUGUUCCUGCACAUCUUCUGGGCCUACCUCAUCCUGCGCAUGGUCAAGAAGUUCCUCUUCGGCAAACCUCCCCCUGAAGCUAGGACAGCAGAGUCCCUGCCCAUCUUCUGAAGACACCUGAAACCCUACCUCUUCAAAUAGUACCUUAAAUGAAUCAAGUAUUUAAAAGUAUUUUCCUACUAGCACUGACUUGACAGAACAUGAUCUUGCUACGACUGUGAUGGUACAAACUGACAGAAUACCAACUUGAUGAUGAGUUGACCAGAGGUUGAUGAAGGGUUGACCAGAGGUUGAUGAGGGGUCGACCAGAGGUUGAUGAUGGGUCGACCAGAGGUUGAUGAUGGGUAGACCAGAGGUUGAUGAGGGGUCGACCAGAGGUUGAUGAGGGGUCGACCAGAGGUUGAUGAGGGGUCGACCAGAGGUUGAUGAGGGGUCGACCAGAGGUUGAUGAGGGGUCGACCAGAGGUUGAUGAGGGGUCGACCAGAGGUUGAUGAGGGGUCGACCAGAGGUUGAUGAUGGGUAGACCAGAGGUUGAUGAGGGGUCGACCAGAGGUUGAUGAGGGGUCGACCAGAGGUUGAUGAGGGGUCGACCAGAGGUUGAUGAGGGGUCGACCAGAGGUUGAUGAUGGGUAGACCAGAGGUUGAUGAGGGGUCGACCAGAGGUUGAUGAGGGGUCGACCAGAGGUUGAUGAGGGGUAGACCAGAGGUUGAUGAGGGGUCGACCAGAGGUUGAUGAGGGGUCGACCAGAGGUUGAUGAGGGGUAGACCAGAGGUUGAUGAGGGGUUGACCAGAGGUUGAUGAGGGGUCGACCAGAGGUUGAUGAGGGGUCGACCAGAGGUUGAUGAGGGGUCGACCAGAGGUUGAUGAUGGGUCGACCAGAGGUUGAUGAUGGGUAGACCAGAGGUUGAUGAUGGGUAGACCAGAGGUUGAUGAGGGGUCGACCAGAGGUUGAUGAGGGGUCGACCAGAGGUUGAUGAGGGGUCGACCAGAGGUUGAUGAAGGGUCGACCAGAGGUUGAUGAAGGGUUGACCAGAGGUUGAUGAUGGGUUGACCAGAGGUUGAUUAUGGGUUGACUAGAGAGGUUGUUGAGGGGUUGACCAGAGGAUGAUGAAGGGUUGACCAGAGGUUGAUGAUGAGUUGACCAGAUGAAACAGGUGUACUAGUACUGCUGCACACACUUUUUCUAUUCAUAUACUGUCCACACUGUCUCUACACACCAUCCUUUACAGUACAUAUAUAUUUAUUAUGUAAUAUUUCUUAAGUUAAUUAUUUUUGGGAUUUGCAUGUAUUGUUUUGUGUUGUUAGGUAUUACUCCACAGCUGGAGCUAGGAACAUAAGCAUUUCACUACACUCCUAAUAACAUCUGCAAAAUAUGUUUACUCAACCAAUAAAACGUGAUUUGAUUUUGAUUUGA